UCCUAGAGGAGCUGGCCCAGGCUCGUGCUCUGGGCUGUCUCAUGGUUCCCCUACAGAUGAUAAGGCAAGAGAGCUUCAGGAUCUCCAGCAUGCUGGGCCUAAGAGGAGAUUAUCUUGGACUGAAAUUUAUGUCCCUAUGAGAUGCUGUCAUGCCAUCUUGAAGAACAAAAUGGGGGAAUUUUCCAUCCCAGUCAUUCGGAACCGCCGUUUUAAGAACAUCUGGUGUAACUGGACCAUCUGGGCAGGCCCCAGAAACCACGUUAUCAUCUAUGUCCAAGGGUUUAGGGGAAGCAAGGACUGUGAAGAAAACCCAGAUAAAAUUAUAUUUCAAGGGGUCGCCUCUGUUAUAGAAAGCGCCGUAGCCUAUGCUUGUCGGAACAAGAGAGUGCAUGUCUAUGCAACUCAGGCCUUGGCUGUGAAUGUGGCAUUGCUGUUGAAGAACUAUGCCUGGAGUCAUCGAUACAAACACUUUAGAGGGAAAUAUUAUAUCUUCAGAGAUCCCAGGGCAAAAGAUUCAGAGACAGAGGACCCAACCUGUCAAGUGCCUUUUCAAAAGCCUUCCCACAAGCUUCCCUACAGUAGUACUGGACCAAAGGUUGAACCACCUGUUGUGAUGUCUCAAGGGGGUGUAGAGAUGACCUCUCCUGAACUAAUGCCAUCAAAAACUCUUCAACCAGAGAGAUUUUCCACACAGGGAAGAGAGAAGGUUGAGUUUUCUGAGACCUCUUUGUCCUACUCUGAGAGGCUAUCUGAUAAAUCCCAUGCUCUUGGCAUCAUGGUUACAAAAACACUAAGUGUAGGUGACAUAAGCCUUGGGGAUGGAUUGUUUUCCAAAACUCUAGGGGAAACUGCAGCCCUUGAUACUAGAUGGUUGGAAAUUAUAGAGGAAAAGAGCAUUCUUUCCCCUGGAUCUACUAUGGAUGGCUCAGCAGUUGACAUAGAAAUCCUUUAUGGAAAUACCCCUUACUUUGUGGGUCCUGAGCAAUCAACUAUAAUGGAAGAUUGGUCCAUAAAUAUCAAACCAGUAAGAGCAGAUAAUCAAACCAACUACUUAAUUCCUACUUCAGAGGAAGUGCCAAUAAACAUUAAGCCAACCCCCAUAAGCCAUUCAGUUUUUAUUAUUCUCUCAGGUUCAGAAUUCCUCGAAAAGACUGACUGCUCUAAAAAUGAGAAGAUCCAGAUAAGCCCUUCCCAGGUAUGGAGCAGUCUGCCUGGAAGUGAACGGCAACCUUUUCUGCAGACUGAAGUCCUGGCUCAUGAAGCAGUGCCUUUAUCCACUGAUUCUAUGGGGAAUCACAUGUCUGGUAUCUUCUUGGCCAGUGAAACUCAGUUGCCCCUCGAAGGUUCCCUGCACUUGAUCCCUGUGGUUCCAACGGUUCAUACAGCUGUGGAUUUUUCUCUUCAGUCUUUUAAAGUUGGUGACUUACUGGCUGACCCACAUUCAGGAGCUGUCAUUUCCCUUGAAACCAUACAAACUCCUAGUGGUGGUGGAAUGAUUUGGUUGAACUCUCAAGAAAUCCUCAGUGAAGCAGGGUUCACCCUGAUAGUGGCAUCUCCUGAUGGAAUAGGAUUAGUCCCUGAACCGUCUUCAACCAUCUCCAUUAGAUCCACAGUGGUCAGAGCUGAGUUGCUUCUCCAGACAGCCAGAUCACUUCCAGGGCCAGUAGAGACAGAAAGCUUGGCCAGCAGUGUGACCUCUGAAGAGGGCCCCAGUAGGCAUGAAGUGAGUCUUUCUGAAACAGAUUUUAAGUUUGUACUUGGUCAAGAGAGGUCUCCCCCCUUUACCACUUACCAAGAAAGUCUAUUUGAUGCUGAGGUGACCCCAACUUCUCCUCAAGUGGCUAUGUCUGAAAUUGUUCCUGAGUGGGCUCUCCAAAAUAUUCCAGCACCCAUUCCCUCAGCCUACCACAAUGAACAAGUGGCAACUGAGCAGUCUUUGGAGAUCACUUUGGCCUUAACCUCAGAAGCCAUGCUAAAAACCAAGUGGCCUUCUGUGACCCCAGUUAAGACUAGAGCUGAGAUAGACUCCGUGCUUAUUGUUCAAAGUAUAACCACACCUUUUGCUUCAGUGAAUCAUGAAGAGAGCAUGGUGGGUACUAUGUUCUUUGUUGAGAUCCCCUCGAGCCACCAUUCAGACUUCUCUAAGAGCAACAUGGAGGAUCAUGUCUUCAAUCCAGCAGCAGUAUCUCUUGCCUUCCUGCCCACUCCUACUCUGAGCAUAAAUGAAGGUGAGCUUACUAUUAGCAGUCCCUUAAGUCACUGCUGGGGUGAUAUAGGGGAAGUGUUUACAAGCAUGGGAAAAACUGAACCUCUUGCCUUUUUCACUUCGAGGAAUGUGGAUCUUACUACCUCUGUGUCAAGUCCUAGAAGUCUUACAAUUGGCUUAGAGAAUCUCUUAGACCUGUUACAAGGUGAACACUUUAUUGAAAAAGAAACACAGAGUGUCUCUCAACUAGUUCCUAAGGGCAAGCUUUCACAAGGUAGGGAUGCUUCUUCAGAAAGUGAAAUUCCCAUAGUAACUAAGACUUAUUAUAAAAUGACUCCCCUGUCAACUCUGCAAUGGGCCCUUAGCAGGACCAUGACUCUAUCUUGGGAGCUUGAUGAAAUGCAGAAUAUUCAGCCCUCAAAGAAGGAUGCUACGCUGAAUGAAAGCAACUCUUGGAAAUUCUCCAACUCCCUUGGAAGGGACCAGAAAGUCACCAAAUUCGACGGUACAUCUUUGCUCCCUAGUGUUCCAACAGUGUCCUUGGGUAGGCAGGAUCAAACUGGGGACCUUUUUGCAGUCUCUUCAUCCCUGCCUCUCUGGUAUGAGGAUGUAAACCCUUUGGAGGCCAAAAGGCUUCAAGACUCCUCUGAGGUGCUCACCUCAACCAGUAUGGUGGUCUGUAUCCCCAUAAGAAGGUGCCAUGUGGUUUUGAAAGAUACCUUUGGAACUUUUUCAUUGCCAAAGAACCUAAACAGUCAUUGGCCAAACAGCUGUUGUAACUGGACUAUCUGGGCAGGGUCCAAGAAACACAUUGUUGUUUACAUCAAAGGAUUUGAGGGGCCUGAGAACUGUGACCAAAACCAGGACAAAAUCAUUUUUCAAGGGGUCUCAUCAAGUGUGGAAAGGAAAACCUUCUAUGCAUGUAGAAGGCAAGGUACUUUGAUUUUUGCUACUCAAGCCGUGGCUGUCCAUAUAGUGUUUCUCUUUGUGAGGUCUUAUCCUAGACACAUCCCAUCUUUUGAAGGCCAGUAUUUUAUCUUCACAGACCCGGAGAGACAAGUCCCUCCUAAACCUGCCAUUGAUUCUUCCUUAGCAACUUCCCAGAGACUCAGAAAGAGGAUUCUAAGUAGCAUGGGUUCUCAUCCUGAGCUAGUAACAAAGCUGAAGCCUGGGAGCUUUCCAAACCUGAACACUAUCUAUGUGGGUCUGGGGAACAAAAGCCAAAUGGUGACUGAGACAUUGAUGCCAAAGAACGAGGGGCUAAAGGAGGGAGAAGGAAAGGCUCUUGAAUGGACGUAUCUACAUAGCCUCCUUCCUCUGAUUCCUGCUAAAGGGCCAUCGAUAAGGAACAAAAACUCACCACCCAACUUGCUUAGGCAGGAGCUCAGCAGGCCAACAGAGACUAUAAAAAAUUCAGCUGGAAGGGACUCUGUGGUGUCAUUCAGGAUGUCAUCAAUCCCAGUUACUUCCUAUGGGAACAAACCAGGAAAUAAAGCUUCUCAAGAUAGCUUGCCUGUGGACUCAUUGAUCAUUCACCCUCAUUGGCUUUCCAAGACUUUCCCCUUGACAGAGCGGCUUCCGAAACCCGUAGGCAUUUCUGACUGGCUUCUUCCCUCUGCCAGUGUUCCAGAACAGAGACUUCCUUGGAUUGCAGCUAAAAAAGAAAAGCUCGCAUGGCAAGAGCACCUUGUUAUUACUAAACCUUCCCACCUUUAUUCAUCCUUGACUGCUCAGAGUAUAAGGAAAUUCCAGGAUGCUGUGCGUAAUCAUGAUCAUCUCCACCAGAGUUUCAGCCAUGUGAUGCUGGUUAAAGGAAAGAAUUUUCUAGAAAUAAGGCCUGGAGUUGAUAAGUCUGUCACCAGUCCUUCAAAUAUCCCUAAAAAAGAACUAUUCUCAAAUCUCCUGUUCAAUGAAGAACAGGUAGCACCAGAAUGCAAAGAGAGAGGUGGAGAAACCUUCCCAACAAGGAAUGAGGCGAGCAGGGGAGACAGCUUGGAUCCAGCUCUGUCUAGCACUUUGGGAAAUAUCAGACCUCUCAAUGAGGAGCAUCUAGAUCUGGAAAGCCCUAGGGGAGUGACAACCUCCAAUGGAUUUGUGUGGGAUUCUCUAUCUCCCGGCAGCCUGACUGAGCUCUCCCCUUCCUUGAAGACCCCUGGCACUGCCCAGAGCUUCCUCAGAGAAGUCACAGGUGCUGUCCAUCCGAGCACUGGUGCUGCCCACUCGAGUGCUCCAACGUCUAACUUCAAAGCCAAGGAUGAUUUGCAGGCCAAAGCCAUGGUGUCUUUAAUCUCUGGUCAAGUGUGGAAGAACAUGACUGCUGAUGGAGUCUUGGUUUUAACCCCAGGAUAUGCUGAUGCAGAAGCAACCUCCCCAUCUUUUGGAAAUGAGUCUGUCUUAGAGUUCCAACAUUAUCCAGGAGAUAUCCUAUAUGAAGUAAUUGUUGAAAUGGAAUGCCCGGUAGAGACCCCAUACAAUACCUCUGAAGUGGAGAAAGUCUUGGCAGACUCACUUAAGCAAGAGAUUGGGGAAAAUCUAGGCCACUUUUCACCUGAAGCAGAUGAAUUCAAACUAACUAGAAUUAAAAGAAAAGAUACCUCAAAUGUCAUGUUCGUUUUCUGGCUGCAUCUGAGAUCUAGAGGGAGAACUAUGUCAGACGCUCUGAUGUCCCAAUUAGGAGCAUCUGAGAGCAGUGUACUGCAUCCUCAAUUAAGAAUUCUCAUCAGAGACACAGUAGAAGCUCUUCAACUUCAGCUGAAAUCUAUCUCCAUUCACGAUGUGAAUGAAUGUGAAAUUGGCCUAGAACAAUGUGGUGAAGGGGCUGAAUGCUUCAAUGGAGUUGGUACUUACAUAUGUCAUUGCAAAGAAGACUAUGAGGCUCGUUCCUCCAUGCAGAUCGGUACUCUGUGUGUCCAUAUCCCGCGCUCAGGAGUUGGAUUUUCUUUCAAUUAUCUGGAUCUUCUCAUCACUGUUGCUGUCUUUGCCACCGUCCUCCUCAUGCUGAUAAUAGGUUUUGUGUGGCUGGCAACCAGAACAACCUGAGAAAAGAGGGAUUUUUGCCUUCAGCAGACAAUGUCCCUGGAGGGUUUGUCUACAUUACCACUGACCCAAACCAAAUCUCACCCUAACUUGAGGAAGUUCAGUAAAUGCUCCCUCUAUAAUCCGUAUCAGCCUAAGCUUCCAGCCAGAAUCAUAGAUAGCUCCCUGGAACAAAUACCUUACAAAGACUCCCAUGUGUGUAUGGAACAGUCUGAAUGUCUCAAAUAAUGAUUUAAGGAAUAUUUAUCUGUUGUCCCUCUGAUGUCCUGUUGAGUCAGAUGAAGGAGGAGGUGACUUUUCUGUCAAUGAUCAUGGGUGACCAAUUUUUCUCUGGGACAACAAAAAGACACUGCACAUUUUAGGGUGGAUGGGGUGGGGGCGGUGUCCUUCCAGUAACUUAAAAGGAAAGAAUUUCUGAUUGUAAUUCAGUUUGUCUUUCUUGUUCUUUCCUACCUGAAUUAUACUUCUUGGAUCUAGAUUCCAGCCUCUGUAGGUGAAGGAAUUCACGUUUGUGUCUUAGCAUCAAGACUUUUACACUAAUUCCUGUAAUGAGCAGAAGCACAAAGCUAAUGACCUGGAAAUUUUUGUGCCAUCUGACUGAGGUCUGCAGGAAGCACCUAGGGAUCCAGGAAAUGGAGGGGACACACCAUACCUAUUUCCAAAGCUGAUGAAUGAGUCCUGUGACUUUUAAGGAUGCCCAAGUUAAAGUGCUGUUAAUUUAGCAUAGUUUGGAAAUUCCCAUUUGACCAUAGUGUAUUUUUAUAUGAAGAAUUAAACUCCAGCCCCCUCCUCCCCUCACCCUGCUCUGGGGAUGGGGAAGGAGAAAAGCCAUGAUACUCAAAAAUAAUUCUCUUCUUGUACCUACCAUCUGUUUUUUGUGAAGUUAGAAAUAUGUGUAUUGUAUUUGUAGAAAGACUCUUAAUUCUCUUAGUCUACUGCUGAGAUGCUUUCUUGUUUUAAAUUCCCUCUCAAGAUCAUUUUCCAUAGCUAAGCACUGUACUGUUAAUUGGUUUUGUUUGUUUUUUUUACCAAUACUAUGGCUACCUGUUCAGAGAAAUUGCUUUGUCUGAUAUGAUAGUUUACUUGUAAGCUGACCUCCAAAUAAAAUA